AUGACGAGAACUGAGGUUGCGCCUCUGGAUGAUGGUCCUGCCGUCGUGCCUGACCUGACUCCGGACGACGCCCCGGUGGCUAUCGCGGAAUCGAACGAUAAUAGCGAGGGAGGCAGACUCAAGAUGAUCGUUCAGCUCCUCAAAAAGUGUUUGGGAGUCAAGGACAUCGCGUCAAUGCGUAUUUCUCUCCCAGCCUCUCUACUAGAGCCUAUCCCCAACUUGGAGUACUGGUCUUACCUGGAUCGACCUGACUUAUUUGUGGCAAUUAAUGAUUCCACCGAUCCUUUUGAAAGGAUGCUGGCCGUCCUAAGGUUCACUUUUAGCAAGGACCUUAAGUUCAUUCACGGAAAAGUCGUUAAACCCUACAACUCAGUGUUGGGGGAGCAUUUUCGAGCCCAUUGGACCAUCAAGCCAGUAACCUACACAUCCGAUCCAACCGAACCUCCCAUCUGUCAUUCAUACACUCAGGACCCCUCUCCGAGCGUACCGCAAAGUGAAACUGCCUCGUCACAAAGUGGUCGUUCCAAAAGGAGUGAUGCCCGCCUGAGGAAUGGGUCUACAUCUGUUAAUGGAGUAGAUUUGAUAUCGGCACUCACCUCUGAUGCAUCCAACAUCAGCGUGGGGGGCAACUCCUCGACUUCUGACAGCGAGCCCGUGCGUGUAGUAUUUCUAACAGAACAAGUCUCCCAUCACCCUCCUAUAUCUUCGUACUACUAUGGUGCUCCCGAUCGAGGCAUUGAGGCGUGUGGAGUAGAUCAGAUUAGUGCAAAAGUUUCGGGAACAUCUGUUAAAGUCUCUCCUGGGUCACUCAAUAAAGGCAUUUUCAUUGCAUUAACGUCUGGCCCCGGGUCCGGCGAGAAAUACCAGAUCACACACCCGGUUGCGCUUGUCAAUGGGAUGCUCCGCGGUAGUCCUUACGCGUGCAUCUGUGAAACAUCCAUUAUUACUUGCGUAAAUCCUAAUUCGCAGCAGCACCUUCGAACCAUCAUCGAGUACAAAGAUGAGUCAUGGAUUGGUAAAGCGCAAUAUCUUCUUGCAGGCGUCAUACAUGAGUAUGACCCAUUGGAUAUCGAUCACCUUGAGUGGGUCAGGCCGAAGCAUGUUCCCGCUGAAAAAAUUCUUGCUACGUUGGAGGGGUGUUGGAAGAAACGGAUAUACUGGAAAAGAACGGGUGACUCGACCAAGCACACGCUAAUAGACCUCUCGGCUCUGUCGAUAUUACCCAAGACCGUACGUCCGCUUGAAGAACAACACCCAUUUGAAUCACGGAAAUUGUGGGGGAAUGUUACUUCAAAUUUAUUGAAGAGGAAUUUCAGCGAAGCCACCAAACAUAAACAGUCCAUUGAGCAGGCUCAACGAGAUGAUGCUGCUGACCGAAAGAAGAAAGGCAAGGAGUUUGUACCCGUUUACUUCGAACCCGACAUUUCCACGGGGGCACCGAAACUCACAGGCGCAGGGAGACAAGCCGUCAAAGCGGAACUUGUGAUGAAGCCGUAG